AUGCCUUCCCCAUCCAAGAUCGCCGCGCUUGGCCUUGUCGCUACGGGUUCUUUUGUGGCCGCUGGACCUUGCGAUAUUUACGCAUCGGGAAACACGCCUUGCAUCGCCGCUCACAGCACCACUCGCGCGCUUUACAAUGCUUUCAGCGGUUCCCUCUACCAGAUUAAGCGCGGUUCCGAUGGCGCUACCACCAACGUCGCACCUCUAUCCGCCGGUGGUGUAGCCAAUGCCGCAACCCAAGACAAGUUCUGCGCCAACACCACAUGUCUCAUCACCAUCAUUUACGAUCAAUCUGGUCGUGGUAACCAUCUCACUCAAGCUCCUCCAGGAGGCUUCAACGGCCCAGAAGCUAAUGGCUAUGACAACCUGGCCGGAGCCAUCGGCGCACCAGUCACGCUGAAUGGAAAGAAGGCAUAUGGUGUUUUCGUCUCACCGGGUACUGGAUAUCGCAACAAUAAGGUAAGCGGCUCAGCGACUGGCGAUGCAGCAGAGGGCAUGUACGCUGUGCUUGACGGAACGCAUUUCAACGAUGCAUGCUGCUUCGAUUACGGCAACGCUGAGACCAACAACCUCGACACCGGAAACGGCCACAUGGAAGCCAUCUACUUCGGCACAAACACAAUUUGGGGCACUGGUGCCGGCUCCGGCCCGUGGCUAAUGGCCGACCUGGAAAACGGACUCUUUUCCGGCAUGUCCCCGAAGAACAACCCAGCGGACCCAACUCUCACAGAUCGUUUCCUCACCACUGUCUUGAAGGGCGGAGCAAACAAGUGGGCGCUCCGCGGCGGAAACGCCGUGUCAGGCGGUCUCUCGACGUACUACAACGGCGCGCGACCCAGCGCCUCAGGCUACAACCCCAUGAGCAAAGAAGGCGCCAUAAUCCUCGGUAUCGGCGGCGACAACAGCAACGGAGCGCAAGGAACGUUUUACGAGGGAGUCAUGACAUCCGGCUACCCCACCGAUGCAACCGAGAACGCAGUGCAAGCCAACAUCGUCGCAGCGAAAUACGCGACUACAAGCCUAACCAGCGGCCCCGCCUACACAGUCGGAUCAUCGAUCUCGUUCCGCGCCACGACAGCCGGAUACACGGAUCGCUACCUCGCGCACACUGGCGCUACGGUUAACACGCAAGUCGUUUCUUCCUCCAGCACCGCGUUGCUUAAGCGCCAGGCUAGUUGGACUGUACGCGCUGGUCUGGCGAACAGCGCUUGUUUCUCGUUUGAGUCGAAGGAUACGGCUGGGAGUUAUAUCCGUCAUUACAACUUCGUGUUGCAGCUGCAGGCGAAUGAUGGGUCGAAGGCUUUCAAGGAGGAUGCGACGUUCUGUCCUCAGGCUGGUUUUACGGGCUCGGGCAGUUCGAUAAGGGCGUGGGGGUAUCCGACGAGGUAUAUUCGUCAUUAUAAUAAUGUUGGGAAUAUUGCUAGUAAUGGGGGUGUUCAUGAUUUUGAUGCCGCGGCGAGCUUUAAUGCGGAUGCGACUUGGAGUGUUGGUACGGGGUUGGCUUAG